GUGGGCGGGGCUUUACUGACGCAGCAGCGCCACUUUUGAGCUGCUCGUCCUCCACAUCGUCAACAAUAACACAAGUUGUCAAACUGUGGCAAGGACCGCGGAGAGAACCGAGCCGUGGAGACACAGCCUCCAGCCGUACGGGGAAGAUCAAAGAUGGUUCAAGAUAGUGCUCACAUUCGGCGGCGCAGUGCCCAGGACUUCAUGGCGUGCUAUGACUUUGCCUGUGCCAGACAGGAGUCGGUCCCUCUCACGGCUGUUAGGAUGAACCUCGACAAAGGGAUGCUGGACUUCAAUGGAGACAGGGUCAAACUCCCGGACUGGCCACCCAUCCUCAGCUCCAUCUGCAUCAACAAACACCUGCACCACAUUGCAAUAAGUAGCACAUACCAAACAAGUCUGGCUUCUGGAGACACAGAUAGAAGGCACUAUAAGUCUAGCUUCAGGAAGCGGAUCCCAGCUAUUCGCUCUAAGGACAUGACAUUUAAGUUGUGCAAGGCCCUGAGAGAGUGUCUGACUGUCUCUUCCAACCUCAAGACUCUGCAGCUCAAUGGGCUUCCACUCAGAGAGAGGGACCUCAUUACCUUGACAAAGGGUUUUUCAAAAAGUGUUUCCUUGGAAAACCUAUCUCUGGCUAACUGUCCAAUCUCUGAUGAGGGCUUAGAGGUCAUCUGCCAAAGUGUGAAGUAUUCUACGAGCAUCAGGACGGUAGAUUUUACAGGAUGCAAUCUCACGUGGAGAGGGGCAGAGCAUAUGGCCAACAUCAUCAAGCAUCAGGGAAUGCAGAGGCAUGGUACCGCAUGGGCCGAGUCUCUGAGGUAUCGGAAGCCACAGUUUGAGGGAAUGGGAGGUCUCCGGCGUGUCACCCUGAACUGUAACACUUUGAUUGGGGACCGGGGUGCUGCUGCUCUAGCGCAUGAAGUGGCAGAGGACCUGUGGGUUAAAGCUUUGGACCUACAGAGGUGCGGCCUGUCCAACGAGGGAGCUCGUCGUCUGCUGGAAGCCUUGAAAACGAAUACUGCUCUUUGCGUACUGGAUAUUCGCAGUAACCCUUUAAUUGACAAGGUCCUAAUUAAAACCGUCUUAGAGAGAGUACUGAUGAAUGCUGACGGACAGUCACCCGAGUUCUGCUGGAUCAAGCCUGCAGCCUCGGAGCCACAGAAAGCCUCCGGUCCAAAGAGGCGAGCACUACCCGGCACAGUCAGAGGAAAGACUACAUUUAGGAUAGCCGCUCGUAAAGGAACAUCUCCUGUGGGACGUAGUUCAGGCGAUGCUCAGACCCAGAAGCCCUUUUCCCACUCCGGUUAUGUGCCUUGGCGUGCUGCUGCACGAGCUGGGCGUCAGAGAGGUCUGCCUCCUGGAGAUUGUGUGAUGGAUCAAAGCUUUCAGGGGGCAGCUACCGUGAAGGUCACUGUGGAGUCGGACUCGGAGGGAGAGGAGGACGAGGAAGGCGACGAAGAAGUGGUGGUGGAAGGGGAGAAGGGACCCCCUUCUCUUGGUCUCCAGGACAGGAUCACCGGGCGGAAGUUUGACCACAUGCAGAUGGAGCUAAAAGAGUGUCGUCUGAGGCUGGCAGAGGAGCGCAGGGCCAGACUGAAAGCUGAGUCGAGGCUCAUGGAGCACGAGUUGGAGAAUGCCCGUCUUCGUGACACCAACCUCUCCCUGUCGGAGGCGCUUGCAGCCACCGGCUCUGCAUCGGCACCGCCCGCUCUCGGUGCUCUUGAAGACGAAGCGGUCCUCGAGAGCAUUGAGAGUUCAUUUACCAAGUUCCAUGCUUUCCUGGAUCUCCUCAAAGAUGCUGGCCUUGGUCAACUGGCUUCACUGGCUGGAAUCGACAAGUCCGAUUUCCACCCUCCUGGAAGGCCUCAGCUCUCGUCUACAGUCGGACCGUAUUCUGACGGCGCGGCGUCACCGACUGGAGGGGAGCGCCGGGAUGUCCGGGUAACGGCCGACGCGUCGUCUUCAAUGAGGGUAGGCGGUGUGUUGGCUGACACCAUCACUCCCAGACCUCCGUCCUCUGCCAGGGAGUUUUUACGUGAAGACAGGCUCCUAGAUUUGACCUUCAAUCAGGCCUCUGUAAAUGCAGGAUACCCUGGUGUUGCUGGAGAAGAGGAACCCGACACGUAUUCAAAGCUUGAAAGCCAGCGUGACUCGGGUUCAGAGCGCAGCUUCCGUAGCCAAAAAUCCUUUGACAUGGUUCCCUUAAGUCAAACUUUUCGGACUCGGUCCAGCCAGCCCAAGAGCAACGGCAGCAACUCGCACAGGAGCAACGGCUCCCACGGACACAGCUACAGCAGCAGCUACGCUCACAGUCAUUCCUCCCACGGCAGCGGGACUCAUGGGGGGUUGUCCGUAAGAUCGAGCGUUAGCGACAUGAUGAGUGACGGGUCAGAGUCUGUGGGGUCGGUGGGGUCAAGGAACAGGGGAAAGGGAAGGCUAGUGACUGUCGGUCAGGCAGAGUCGGAGGGGAACGCCUGUCCUGGGAGGGAGGCUCUGGAGCAGAUUAGGUCUCUGGGUGGUCAGUCAGAUGAUGAGUCCUUCUGACCCGCAGUCCAGAGGAGUCGGAAAAGCUCCGCCUCUCCGUGAUCUCAGUGCCUGCUCUUUGUAGCUAUUUCUGUUACGUCUUCUUUUUGAAGUAUAGAUUUAUUUUUUAAAUCUUCGGAAAAGACGCACGAACGGACGUCGUAGCGUGAGAAGUCAAUUAAACACCUCGUUGCAUCGAAGCCAAAUCCCAGAUGGAGUUGAAUAUCCUUUUCUACAUUUUAGUCACGGAUUGACAAAAAUCUAAAUGCGAUGCCAUUUCUUAGUUUUGUAGUCGUUGUGUAUUUUUUAUAGUUUUGCAGAUGCAUUUUGCACUUGGUCAUAUGUACAGAAUUUUUUUUUAAAUAAAUUUCUUUUAAUUAAUUUUUAAUUCAGUUAAGUGUGGUAGUAGACAUUAGGGUUUUCAAGCUAACACCACCAAUCAAGUCUCAAUCUGCAAAUCAUGUGGUAGCUUUUAGAAGAGAGAAAGAAAGUAAAACCAGCUUGUUUCAUAUCUACUAUUGCUGUUUGACACAAUAUUGUUUAAAGAGAUUUUUGAUAAAUGUGUAAUCUGUCCGUUUUGCCGUACAUUCCAGUAGGUUACCCUCCCAUUGCUGAAAGUUUAAGUUUAAAUAAACAUUAUGCAAUGCA